GUGAUUAAUCGAUUGUUCGAUUAUCGACUUAUUGAAGUAUAAAUUUGUACUUUGAUCGCAGUCAUCACAAUUCACAGAUGAAUGAUAAUAAUAAUUAAAAAUCAGUGUCAUAUUGUUGGUCAAAGUGACAAAGUAACAAAAUAAUUCAAGAUAGCUACAAAGUUGUUAUUUGUGUUUAUCUUUUCACCAAGUCAACAACAAAGAAAUUCACUCCAAAGAAUCAUUAAAUAUUUUUAUUAUUGAGCAUUCAUUUUGGAGUAAAAAAAAAGUAUUUUCAACAUGUUGGCAAAGGUAUUUUCUACUGCUGCAAGAAGAAUCAAUGUCAGAGCAUUUUCUGUUAGUAGCGCAUCAUCAUCAUCAUCAAAUGGCUACAACUUCAAAUUGUCUGAUACACAACAAGAGAUGCUUGAGACAGCACAAAAAUUUACACGAGAUGAGAUAAUACCAGUUGCUGCUGAUUAUGAUAAAAGUGGAGAAUAUCCAUGGCCAGUUGUUAAGAAAGCAUGGGGACUUGGUUUAUUAAAUGGACAUGUACCACAACAUUGUGGUGGUCUUGAACUUGGUAUAUUUGAUGGAUGUUUAAUAUCAGAAGCAUUGGCAUAUGGUUGUACUGGAAUGAUGACUGCCAUGGAAUCAUCUGGACUUGCUCAAACACCUGUUAUUCUUGCUGGAACAAAAGAACAACAAAAAAAAUAUCUUGGAAGAUUAAUUGAGGAGCCAAUUGUUGCUGCAUAUUGUGUAACAGAACCUGGUGCUGGUUCUGAUGUUGCUGGAUUAAAAACAAAAGCUGUAAAAAAAGGUAAUGACUGGAUAAUAAAUGGAACAAAAAUGUGGAUAACAAAUGGUGGUGUUGCAAAUUGGUAUUUUGUACUUGCUCGAACAAAUCCAGAUCCAAAAGCUCCAUCAAAUAAAGCAUUUUCAGCAUUUAUUGUUGAUCGUGAUACACCAGGUGUAACACCUGGACGUAAAGAAAUAAAUAUGGGACAACGUGCAUCAGACACAAGAAUGGUUACAUUUGAAGAUGUUAAAGUACCAAAUGAAAAUAUAUUAAUUGGUGAAGGUGCUGGUUUUAAAAUAGCCAUGGAAACAUUUAAUAAAACACGUCCACCAGUUGCAUGUGGUGCUGUUGGUCUUGCACAUAGAGCUAUGGAUGAAGCUAUUAAAUAUUCAUUAGAACGUAAAGCAUUUGGUAAAGUUAUUGCUGAACAUCAAGCUGUUGCAUUUAUGAUUGCUGACAUGUCAAUUGGUAUUGAAACAGCAAGAUUAGCAUGGAUGAAAGCAGCAUGGGCAGCUGAUAAUAAAGAACCAAAUGCAUUGGCAUUAGCUAGUAUUGCUAAAUGUUAUGCUGCUGAUAUGGCCAACAAAUGUGCUAGUGAUGCUGUACAAAUAUUUGGUGGUGCUGGAUUUAAUUCUGAUUAUCCAGUUGAAAAACUCAUGAGAGAUGCUAAAAUUUAUCAAAUUUAUGAGGGAACAUCACAAAUUCAGAGACUUAUUAUUUCUCGUUACUUGCUUCAAUCAGCUCAAUCAAAAUAAUCAUUGUUUAUUAUUAAUUAUUAAACUAAAAAUUUACAUUAAAAGUUAUUUAUCUUUGUUGAUAAAUUUAAAUUAAAUUUUGUAAUACAUAUAUACAUAUAUUUUACAAUAAUAAAAAUUAAUAUUUUGGCUUAAAAAAAAUCAACAAUCAAUAACAAUUAUUUUCAACGUCAUCAACAAUUAAAUUUACAUUUUUUUUUUUUUGUGUUUAAAUUGCCUUUGUUGUUUCACAUUUUGAUCAAUCAAUGGCGACGAUGGCGCUUUGAUCGUUUUCAAUAUUUUUUUCUCUCUCUCUCAAUCCUGUUGCUCUUAUGCUCUGUUUUUAUUUUUUAUUUAUUUUCAACAUGUUCGAUUUUUCACUGUUGAUUCGUGUGGUGUGUGAUAGAUAAAUAAAUAAAUAAAACAAAAAAAAAAAUAGACAGUCAAGUGCAUGGUUUGUAAUGUAAUCAUCUAGA